CGCACCGCCGCACCGCGCCGGGGAUGUGGCCCCGCCGGGCCGGACUGUAGCGGCCGGAGCCGGGGCCCGGGCGGACAUGGAGGUGGUGGACGAGACGGAGGCACUGCAGCGGUUUUUCGAAGGCCACGACAUCAAUGGGGCCCUUGAGCCUUCUAACAUAGACACAAGCAUCCUGGAGGAAUAUAUCAGCAAAGAGGACUCUUCAGACAUCUGCUUCCCCGAUAUACCUGCUCCUGCCGGCUACCCACACACCCAGCCCUCUGGCUCCAGCGGUGGCCACCACCUGAGCCCGCCAGGGGGUGGGGGAGGACCCUCCUCAGGCCGCCAUGGCCCCCUCCCACCCCCGCCCUGCGGGUCUGGCUUCAGUGCCCACCUCAACACCAACAACAACAAUGCUCUGGCGGUGCCCAAAGGCUUUGCGGGGCACUGCCCAAGCGGGGGCUCGGGGCCACCCAUCAAAUCGGAGCCCAAGGCAGCCUAUGCCCCAGGCGCCCUGCCCGACUCCCCUCCAGACUCCGGCUCGGAAGCCUACUCUCCCCAGCAGGUGAAUGACCCUCACCUCUUGCGAACGAUGACCCCCGAGAACAUGUGCCACGUCAGCAUCCCCUCCCGCCUGGAGCACCCGCCCCCUCCACCUCCCUCGACCCACCUGGCCGGCCCUCCCCCUCCUCCAACCCACCUGGCUGGUCCUCCCCUGCCUCCCCCUCCCCACUACCCUGUCCUGCAGCGUGAUCUGUACAUGAAGGCAGAGCCUCUCAUGCCCCCCUAUGCCAUGGGGCAGGGCGUGGCCCCCGGAGACCUGCACCAUGCCCAGCAGUCCCAGAUGCUUCACCAGCUGCUGCAGCAGCAUGGGACUGAGCUCCCUGCACACCCAUCCAAGAAGAGGAAACACUCCGAGUCACCCCCCAACACCCUCAACGCCCAGAUGCUCAACGGGAUGAUAAAACAGGAGCCAGGUACGGUGGCGUCCCUGCCCCUCCAUCCUGCCAGAGCCCCAACGCCACCCUGGCAUCAGCAAGGUCCCCUCUCGCCAGGCCCGGGAUCCCUCCCCCUCAGCAUUGCCAGAGUCCAGACGCCGCCCUGGCAUCCGCAGGGGGCACCUUCACCAGGCCUCAUGCAGGACACCGAGAGCCUGAAUGGCUCUUACCUGGAUCCCAAUUACCAGUCUAUUAAGUGGCAGCCACACCAGCAGAACAAGUGGGCCACACUCUAUGAUGCCAAUUACAAGGAGCUACCUAUGCUCACUUACCGGGUGGACGCAGACAAGGGCUUCAAUUUCUCGGUGGGCGACGACGCCUUCGUAUGUCAGAAGAAGAACCAUUUCCAGGUGACGGUGUACAUCGGCAUGCUCGGGGAGCCCAAGUAUGUCAAGACCCCCGAGGGCCUGAAGCCCCUGGACUGCUUCUACCUGAAGCUACACGGAGUCAAGCUGGAGGCCUUGAAUCAGUCCAUCAACAUUGAGCAGUCCCAGUCUGACCGGAGCAAGCGGCCCUUCAACCCAGUGACGGUCACGCUGCCCCCAGAGCAAGUCACCAAGGUGACUGUGGGCCGCCUGCACUUCAGCGAGACCACAGCCAACAACAUGCGCAAGAAAGGCAAACCGAACCCGGACCAGCGGUACUUCAUGCUGGUGGUGGCGUUGCAGGCUCAUGCCCAAAACCAGACGUAUACACUGGCAGCCCAGAUUUCAGAGCGCAUUAUCGUCAGGGCCUCCAACCCAGGCCAGUUUGAGAGUGACAGCGACGUCCUGUGGCAGCGGGCCCAGCUGCCCGACACGGUCUUCCACCACGGCCGUGUGGGCAUCAACACAGACCGGCCCGACGAGGCUCUGGUGGUCCACGGCAACGUGAAAGUGAUGGGCUCGCUCAUGCACCCUUCAGACAUACGCGCCAAGGAGCAUGUACAGGAGGUGGACACCACUGAGCAGCUGAAGAGGAUUUCCCGGAUGCGGCUGGUCCACUAUAGCUACAAGCCUGAGUUUGCAGCCAGCGUGGGCAUUGAGGCCUCCCCUGAGACUGGGGUCAUUGCCCAGGAGGUGAAGGAAAUCCUCCCUGAGGCCGUGAAGGACACCGGAGACGUGGUCUUUGCCAAUGGGAAGACCAUCGAGAACUUCCUGGUAGUGAACAAGGAGCGGAUCUUCAUGGAGAACGUGGGGGCUGUGAAGGAACUUUGCAAGCUGACCGACAACCUGGAGACGCGGAUCGACGAGCUGGAGCGCUGGAGCCACAAGCUGGCCAAGCUGCGGCGGCUGGACAGCAUGAAGUCCACGGGCAGCUCUGGGGCCUUCAGCCAAGCAGACAGCCAGUUCAGCAGAGCUGGGAGCGUCCCCCACAAGAAGCGGCCUCCUAAGAUGGCCAGCAAGUCGCCCUCCGUGGUCCCGGACCAGGCAUGCGUCAGCCAGCGCUUCCUGCAGGGGACCAUCAUCGCCCUGGUGGUGGUCAUGGCCUUCAGCGUGGUGUCCAUGUCUACACUGUACGUGCUGAGCCUUCGGAACGAGGAAGAUCCAAUGGACAUGGACGGCUCUUUCGCUGUGUCUGCUUCCUGUCUUCUGGCCCUCCUCCGGCCCCGGGACCCGGGGGGGAGUGUGGCCCUGUGCCCAUGGUCCAGUCAGAGCUACGGGACCACUCAACUCCGCCAGUCGCCAGCCUCCAGCAGCCCGCCAGGCCCCCGGUCCUCCUCCCAGCCCGCGGUCACCAGCCUGCCAGAUUCAGCCCCCACCCUCACUGUCCCUGGCUUGGACCUGUGCCCCAGGCCUCCCUGUCCGGUUGUUUGCUGCUCCCUGCCCACCCCGAGCCCCUCCUCUGGCCGGAGCCCUGCCCCCAGCCCCACUGCCAACCGCUCAGGCCCAAGCCAGACCUCGCUGCUGCCGGUCACCAGCAUCAGAGCCAAGUCUUGGGGCCUUUCGGCCAACGGGAUCGCUCAUGUCAAGCCCCCCAAGAGCCUGGAGCCCCCAGCCAGCCCCUCAGCCCCUUUCACUGGCAUGCAGGGCAAGGCCAAGAACAGCCCCAACCUGUCUAUCCCUGCCCGUGCCCGCCGUGGGGCCCCCCUGCUCAGCCCUGCCACGUCCAUGCCCGCCCACUCGGACGGCCUGCUCGGUGCACGGCCUGCCCUGAGCUCUAUCCGGGUCCUGGAGAACUCUCUGCCCAUCACAUCCCAAUACUGUGCUCCGGGUGAUGCCUGCAGGCCAGGGAACUUCACCUACCGCAUCCCCAUCAGCAGCAACACCCCCCUCCACCUCAGCUUGACCCUGCAGAUGAACUCCAGCUCCCCUGUCUCGGUGACAUUCUGCAGCCUGGUGUCUCAGGAGAACCCAUGUGAGGAGGCCAGCUUUCCCCUUAGCCUCCAAGUCCACAGUGACACCCAGGGUACCUCCCACCAGUGGCCGGUGACCAUCUUGUCCUUCCGGGACUUUGCGUACCAUUUCCGAGUGGCCCUGCUGGGUCAGGCCAACUGCAGCUUGGAGGCACCCACCCAUGCAGUCACAGACUAUUUCUUCUAUUUCUACCGCCUGUGUGACUGAGCUGGGCCCCUGUGCCCCGAGGGGCCCCCACCCCUGGACCCCGGGGCCCCUCGAGGCUGCUUCUCUUCUCCCACACUGGAUGUGACCAUGUUACACUGGAGCAGGGUGGAGGGGUGACCCUGCACCCACCCCCCACCCCUUGGGGCUGCUAUCCGCUCGGCCGUCUGACACCGUAGCUCUCAGGGCACACGCUGGAAUUCCUGCUGCAGAGACUAAAGCUGGGGGCUGGACUGGACUGAAGAAACUGGAAGUCCAUACACUGGAGUUACUGUCCCUGAAGCCCGCCUGCCCUGCUGCUCUCCUGGAGAAGGGCAGAGGCCCGAAGCUUGCCUGGGGCCUAGUGCGCUCUGGCCCUGCCGGCAGCCUGUAGACUUUCUCUGGUUCAGGAUGGGAGCCAGACCAGUUCAUGCUGACGGUCCAGAUGUGACUGUUAGGGGGCCCCACUGGCGAGGUGGCUGUGCUUGUGAUGGUCAUGGCCCCACUUUUCUGAUACCUCCCCCCAUCCAGCUCAGAUGACAUGCCCAGCCCUUGGGCAGGCCUGAGAUUUCCUCCUGCCCCCAUCCCUGGCAUUGGUCCAGAGUCUUUGCAGGAUGGGGCUGGGGUCAGGGAGACUCUCCAGGGGUCCCCUGUUACAUCUAGGGCAGAUGACUGAGCUUUAAACCUGAAAGGAAGCCUGGCCCCCCAGGAUGGGCCAUCUUACAGCUGGAGGGCCCGUGAGCCUGGGCUGCCUUCACCCCCUCAUCCUGCCUACCUGUGCUGAGCAGUCAGGGUCAGGGUCAAGAGGGGCGUGCAAAGAGGAAACAUGCCUGGGAAUCCUCCAAUUGGACAUGAGGCUGACCGGCUGCCCUUCACCUAGCCAUAUUGGAACCCCAACUGUCAGUCACUGCUGCGGUCUGGCAAGUUUUGUUUAGCAGCUGGGGAGAGCCGGACAGAGGAGCUGGAGAGAUGGCCACAGCCCUAGGGUGCAAUUAAUCGUUCCUUCCGUUUGCUGUUAUGAGCUGAUCACUCAAAUGCACUUGGACCAGGGCAGACCUGGGCAUGAGAAAGCAGGAAGACCCCUGAGGGCUACGUGUCCAUCAGGGUCGUGCAUCCCAAGUUCUGCCCGGCCUAAAGCCUUCCACUGCCAAAGUGGUCCUCGGCCCCCUCCUCUCCAGACCUCUCUGUCCCCCAGCUGCUGGCCAUCUUGCCCAGAACCCCAAAGCUGCACGUGUGGGGCACGAAUUUACAGGGAAGCUGCUGCAAUGCUUCCCUCCUGUGCCGGGAGGAGCCUCCGUGGGAAGGGAACACCCCCCCCCCCAUUCUCUGGCCUUGGCCCCUCCUCCACA